AUGUCGCACACCACCAGCCUCGAGGAGGCCAACGCCGCCCGCCUGCCGCUCGGCUUCCGCGACCAGUGCAGCGCCCUGCUCAUCCCGCUCAACAAGUGCCGCAAGCAGACGCUCUACAUGCCGUGGAAGUGCGAGGACGAGAGGCACACAUACGAGAAGUGCCAGUACGACGACUUCAUCCGGCGCCAGCGGGAGCUCUCGAAGCAGGCGCUGGCUGCACGCGCCGACGAGGCAUGA